AUGUUCCGUAUCCGGGACCCCAAGAAGUCUAUCGAGUUCUACGAGAAGGUUCUUGGCAUGGAGUGCUUCCGCAAGUCGGACGGGCCCGACUUCACCAACUACUUCCUCGGAUACCCCUCGGGCUUUGGGGCAAAGUCCGGCGCGUCCAAGGAGGAGAAGGGUGACCUCUUCACCACCCGCGAGGGUGUGCUCGAGCUCUGCCACAACCAUGGCACUGAAUCCGACGCCAGCUUCAAGGGCUACGCUUCGGGUAACGAGGAGCCAGGCCGCGGCUUUGGGCACAUCUGCAUCGCCGUCGACGACCUUCAGGCCGCUUGCCAGCGCUUCGACGAGCUUGGCGUCAAGUUCAAGAAGCGCCCCGAGGAGGGUCGUAUGCGCCACAUCGCGUUCAUCUACGACCCCGAUGGAUACUGGAUCGAGAUUCUCUCGAAGAACGCCGGCCAGGCUGGCGCCUAA